AUGUCGAGAGUGCUCGGGCUGGGUUGCGUUUUGCGCCGGCACGCCGGCCGCUGCCUGGCCUUUCGGGAAGUCUUCUCCAGCCGCUGCUUCUCGAGUUCAGCUGGAACUUCUCUCCGUGCAGCGGAGAUUGCGGCUUCGGAUGAGUUCGGACUCACAGCGGCUGCAUGCUCGCUGAUUCGAGAACGAGAUGCGCAUGGCGCAGCAGACUUCAGCAUCUGGCAGGCCAUAUCGGACCGGGCAGCGGACCUGGUAGACACAGCUUCGCCGAAGCAUUUGGUUUGGCUCCUCGCCGCAUUCAGCGAUGCAGACUUCCACCCCGAUGAACGGAAGCGGCUGCACUUUCUUCGCGCCUUCCGUGCCCGACUGGCGGAAUCAGAUGACUGGCUCCACCGCUUCAGCAACGACGAGCUUUGCGUCACGUGGCGCGCCUUCGACCGCCUUCAACUGCUCAAUAAGAAGGCGUUGCUUCAGUUCCAUCGCGUUGCCACGGAGCCCCUGGAGGGGGCCCGGUGCCAUGGCGCCAAGCAGACGGAGCUCCCUCCUCGCUACAGCACCUUCUCUCUUUGGAAUUCCGUGCUCGAAGCAGAAGCACUUCGAGAUGCCAAGCGUUAUCCGGCCUCCUCCGAAAUCGCCAAGUCGCUGGCUCGACAGCUGCUGGUGGACCACGAGGAGCCGCUUCGAGAGCUUGGGCUGUCCUUGGACGCGAUCCAUGCAGUUGCGGACAUGGCCGAGCUAUCCUCCCGCCAGAAGCAUCGCAUCACGGCGCAGCUGCGCGAGCUCCUUCCCAACUUGUCUGCACAGGCAGCACUCGUCGAUCUUCCACGCGCCUGCGCGCGUGCCUGCAUCACGGACGAGGACUUCUUUCCAGAGUUUGCCGACUGCUUGGCUCGCUUUUGGCCGAUGGCAGACAGCAGACAGCUGAUAGCCUGUUGGCGCUCGUUGAUGCAAUGGCGUGUGGGGCCACCAGGCCUCGACCGCUGCGCAGCCGCCGCCUUCUGCGAUUCUCAUUGCAGCGCCUGGAGCCUCCCUGGCCUCUCUCCCGGCGCCGCGGUGCGCCAGCUCAGGGCCUUGGGUCGCCUCGGGGCCUCGAACCUCCCGGCCGAGGAGGCCCGAGAGGAGGCCGAAGUGGCCUUGCUUGUCGCACUUCGUGCGACGCUGCUCGCCUUGCUAGCUCCCUCUGCAGAGCAUUCGCUUGAAAGCAGAGAUCUACUCUUGGCCAUGAACGCGCUUGGGCAGAUUGCUCGUGGAUGGGAUUGGCUUGGGAAGGAGGUCCCGACGGAUGCAGAUGGAGCUGAAGUGCCCACGCCGCUUCCGCAGCUUUUGUGGGAGAGUGUGGAGUCUCUCUCCGGUUUGGCAGCUCUACAGCUGCAGCUCUACGAGGUGCAGCUGCGAGCCGGGUUCAUCCAGGGUGAUGCCUACUCCACACGUGACCUGGCGCUUUUGCUGCUGGCGCAAGGCCGUGUUGCUCGGCGCUUGCGUGGAGUGGCGCCCAUCCUGCCACCCCUGAGCUUGCAGCUCUGCAGCCGUCUCGAGCAAGCAGCCACGGAGUGGCGCAGCCGACAUUCCUCGCUCGAUGCAGACGGCAUCUCGCGGGCGUCGUCGGAAGGCUCUUUGGCGCUGGCUGCUGCGUCCAUGAUGCUGAUGCACUGCAAGAGCAUGAGCGAGAGCUCAGAUGCGCAGGGCGCCUGGCGACAGGCUGCCUCGGCAGCCCUUCGGGUGGUGAGAGAGACAGUGGGUGCCGCAACCGAUGCAAAGCUGCAGCUCGACGACAAUCUUUUCAAAGCACUAGCAGCCAACGCCGUCAUUGGCGAGCUUCUCUUCCGAGCUGCAGAUGAGUCUCCACUGGUUGCUGAACUGCUGGCCACCGUUGACACGCUAGCUGCGUACCUUCAAAGUCAGGAGUUCGUGAAGCAGCGAGCGCAUUUGGGCGCUUGGCAUUUGGACAGCUGCCUUCACCUGCUUGCCGUGCAGGAUGCGCUGUCGCUCAACCACGGCGGAAGACUGUCCGUGGACUUGGGGAGAUUCGAGGAGGCCGUGCUCGAGGAAGCCACGAGACAGCUUCCGCGGCGAAAGUCGAUCUCCUUCUGGCUGAGGUUCCUUGAGCUCCCUGCGGGGCCUCGCGGCUUUCGGGCGCGGCUUUUGGCGGAGCUCCAGGAGGAAGCCGGCAAGGAGGAGAGCAAGAUCACUGGAGGAGUUGCAGCGGCCGUGAAGCAGUGCGCCGCCGAGACCAUUCAAGACCCGGAGCAGACGAAGGACUCGAUUGAUUGCCGGUUCUGCCACAAGGAGGUACUGGCAGCUCACAAGGACUUCCCCAUCGCCGAGUCUGUUGGCGGCAGCAAGGUGAUGACAGGGGCCGACGACAUCAGAGUGGUGCCCGCGGAAUUCGAUAGCUGUGCCGAUGUGGCUUUCAGCUUCACCAACUUGCUGGUGGAGGACACACCUCCCGGGAUUUCUAUCCACGACAUCACGCCCCAGGUGCGUGCCUGCGUAGCGAAGCACUUCGCCAACAGGAGGUCCCAUCAGCGGGAUGGUGUCGUGAACCUCAUCUCGCGGCAUACGACCACAGCAGUGACCAUCAACGAAGACGAAGCCCUCCUGCGCAAGGACAUUGCGAACUUCUUGAUGCGAAUGGCACCACCAGAUGCGGAGUACCAGCACAAUCACCUCGAACUGCGUCCGGCAUCUGACAAGGACCGUGCAGCGAUCGACCGCAACUGGAUGUCACAGGGCAAGGGCACCUUGGAGGAGUUCAUGGCGCAGGAGCCAAAGAACGCUCACUCGCACCUGCUGGCGAUCACCAUCGGCCAGUCAGAAACAAUCCCAGUCGCAGGCAAGGACCGGGGAUUUGAGUGGGCCAAGAUGGAUGCCACGCAAGCAUUCUUUACCAACCUAGCUAUCGGAGUGGUGGUUCCGGGCCUCUUGCUGCGCGGGGCUCAGUGCCCGGCUGCUUCCCUCGACCUCGUUGGCACCAUCUGGGAGUACCUUGCCCAGAUGACAUUUCAAAGCCAGGAGGAUUUCGAGGCGAAUGUGGAUGACAUCCCUCCUCCGGAGUAUGUGCAGCAGCGUGCAGCAGAAGCGCGGGCAGGGCAUGAUUUCCACGCUCUGGCGUCAGCAGCGGACGCCUCUGCACGUUUCCGCAGGACGACACACAAGUUCAAGUUUGGUGCUUGCGUUCGCCACCUGGGUGGAGUCUUCGCCCUCACCUCCUGGCGACAGGUCGCAUGA